AUGGUGGUUCACAUUUUGGGUAAAGCCUUUAAGGGUAAAGAAGUGAUAAGGAUUGGAUUAUCAUCUAAAUUCUAUGGUAUUGGCGAAGGAACAGCGGAAAAAGUGUGUUCCAAGCUUGGAUUCUAUCCAUGGAUGAGAAUGCAUCAACUAAGUGAGUCUCAAAUAAUGAACAUUGCAUCAGAACUGUCGAAUAUGACCAUUGAAGGUGAUGCGAGAGCCGUGGUUAAGGAAAAUAUCGCUUUAAAGAAGAGAAUUGGAUCUUACCAGGGUAUGAGACAUACAUUGAACCUACCGGUUAGAGGUCAACAUACUAGAAACAACGCCAAUACUGCAAGAAAAUUAAACAAGAUAGAUAGGAGGGGUUAA